AUGACUGCUGCGAAAACGGGCCUCCGUUCCAUCGACACACCAUCCAAUGGCCAGUCAUUCCCCAGGGCCGGUGCCAGACCCCGCUCCCAUCAAUCUCACUCGGCAAAGGACCAGCGAGCGAGUGGGCGACAAUCAAUACCGGCAACAGGAUGCCAGUCCAGCACGGGCCACGGCCACCCACGGGCCACCCGCGGGCCACUCACGGCGCCUGGCCCUCCCUCCAAAACCCUGGUUGCGCGCCCCAGCCAGUCCCAGCGAGUACCAUCCGGCCAGCAGCCCCAGCAAAAUAGCGCAGUCAGAACGCACAGGCGAGCGGCUCUGGUAUCACCGACGCCAUUUCGCCCGCAUGCCGUGCCAAUGGUAGUCGUGCGAGACGCCCGUCCCUUGCUCGGGUCUGGAUCCACCGCAAUAUGGGAAACCUUGGGAUGUGGCGCACACCCCGGCUCCGUGGCCCAGGUUCUUGUCGCCAGGAAACGCGAGGCACGCUCUUGCUGCCCGCGACGCCGCGUGGUCCAAGAAGCUUUUGUCCCAAGCUUGAGUGCCUCCCAGCGAACUGAGGUAGGUACCUCUACCUAG